UGGUAUGGAGAUAACAGUUAACGAACAAUCCGAGGCAAACGUCAAUGGAUCUGAAGAAAUGGAACUCAAUAUCUCUCACAUUCUUGAAAAGAUUGAUCGCUUUACUCAACUGGUCUCUGAGCUGUUAGAAUCUGGAAAGACGAUGUUCAGGGAAUUGAGUAACGAAUUUGAAGAGCGGCUGUUUACGAUACAUAAAGAACAAAUGGAGAAAUGGCAGGAAGAGAUCAAGGAGCUGAGAUUGAUAGAUGCAUCAAAUGAAGAGGCAAGUGCUCUGUUGAAUAAUGCUCGUUUUCUACUUCAGAAUCCCCUUUUCGAAUCUUGAAAGGUACAUUCAAAUAUGGUAUCAAAUGCCAACUAGCUUUUUCUUUCCAUGGAGGUUAAGUGAAGAGAGAUUUGUCAAUGGUAGUAAUUAGUGUCAAGCAAUUUGAAUUCUUUUGAUUCUAAAAUUGCGAUGUAAAUUGGUUUCAAACAUUUUUGAAUCCUCAGUUACCUGUUUGGCUA